AACGGAACCGAAGCGAGGCCGGGCGGAGCCGAAGUAGGGCCGAAGCGAGAACGGGAAGAGCAGAAGAGGGCCCGGGCGGAGCCGAAGGGAGCCGAAGCGGGGCCGGGGGUCGCGGAGCGGCGCCGGGGGCAGCCGGGCGGCCCCGCCAAGAUGAACGCGGUGCUGGCGGUCCGGCAGUACGUGUCCAAGAUGAUCGAGGACAGCGGCCCCGGCAUGAAGGUGCUGCUGAUGGACCGGGAGACGACCGGCGCCGUGAGCGUGGUGUACACCCAGUCCGAGAUCCUGCAGCGCGAGGUUUAUCUCUUCGAGCGCCUCGACUCGCCCAACAGGGAGCCCAUGAAGCACCUCAAGGCCAUUUGCUUCCUGCGGCCCACCAAGGAGAACGUGGAGCUCCUGGUGCAGGAGCUGCGGAGGCCCAAGUACAGCGUCUACUUCAUCUAUUUCAGCAACGUCAUCAGCAAGAGCGACGUGAAGGCCUUGGCCGAGGCCGACGAGCAGGAGGUCGUGGCUGAAGUCCAGGAAUUCUACGGCGACUACAUCGCGGUGAACCCACACGUCUUCUCCCUCAACCUCCUGGGCUGCUGCCGGGGCCGCAGCUGGGACCCGGCUCAGCUGGCCAGGACAACCCAGGGGCUCACUGCUCUGCUGCUGUCCCUGAAGAAGUGCCCCAUGAUCCGGUACCAGCUCUCCUCGGAGCCGGCGAAGCGCUUGGCCGAGUGCGUGAAGCAAGUGAUCACGAAGGAGUACGAGCUGUUCGACUUCCGCCGCACCGAGGUCCCUCCCCUGCUCCUGAUCCUGGACCGCUCCGACGACGCCAUCACCCCGCUCCUGAACCAGUGGACGUACCAGGCCAUGGUCCACGAGCUGCUGGGGAUCAACAACAACCGCAUCGACCUGUCCCGGGUGCCGGGGAUCAGCAAGGACCUGCGGGAGGUCGUCCUGUCAGCUGAGAACGACGAGUUCUACGCCAAUAACAUGUACCUGAACUUCGCCGAGAUUGGCACCAACAUCAAGAACCUGAUGGAGGAUUUCCAGAGGAGGAAGCCAAAGGAGCAGCAGAAGCUGGAAUCCAUCGCUGAUAUGAAGGCCUUUGUGGAGAACUACCCUCAGUUCAAGAAGAUGUCGGGGACGGUGUCCAAGCACGUGACGGUGGUGGGGGAGCUGUCCCGGCUCGUCGCCGAGCGGAACCUGCUGGAAGUGUCGGAGGUGGAGCAGGAGCUGGCCUGCCAGAGUGACCAUUCCAGCGCCCUCCAGAGCGUGCGGCGGGUGCUGCAGAGCCCGCGGGUGUCGGAGCUGGACGCGGCGCGGCUGGUGAUGCUCUACGCGCUGCGCUACGAGCGCCACGCCAGCAACGGCCUCCCGGCACUGCUGGACGAGCUGCGCGCCCGCGGCGGCACCGACAGGUACCGCAAGCUGGUGUCGGCCGUGGUGGAGUACGGAGGGAAGCGGGUCCGGGGCAGUGACCUGUUUGGCCCCAAGGACGCCGUGGCCAUCACUAAGCAGUUCCUCAAAGGCCUGAAGGGCAUUGAGAAUGUGUACACACAGCACCAGCCCCUGCUCCAGGAAACGCUGGACCAGCUCAUCAAAGGAAAGCUCAAGGACAGCCAAUAUCCCUACCUGGGCCCCAACACGCUCCGGGACAGGCCCCAGGACAUCGUCGUGUUCCUCAUCGGAGGGGCCACGUACGAGGAGGCGCUGGCCGUGUACAACCUGAACCGCUCCAACCCCGGCGUCCGCGUCGUCCUGGGCGGCACCACCAUCCACAACACCAGGAGCUUCCUGGAGGAGGUCACAGCCUCGGGGUUCCGAGGCCGGAGCACCGAGAGCUCCCAGGUCCCACCGAGGUCCAGCAGCCGACGGUGAAUCCUGAAGGAGUGAAUCCCUUCUUGCCCAUCCGGACCUGGAUGUUCCUGCGCCGUGGCCGGAGCUUCCCCCUCUGGAGCUGGAGCUGGAGCUGGAGCUGGCCACGACGUGUCCCCCCUGCAGCUCCUCCUUGUCCCCUCACAAACAGCUCCAGAGCUGGGGAUGUCACCUGAGGGGAGCCUGGGGAAGCUCUUGAAUCCCUGCAGCUCCCGGCUCUUCACUGGGACGCACGGGAUGAGUCCCUGAGGAAUCCAACGGUCCUGCCCCGGGCCAGGGGAGCAGCUCUGGGGGUGCAGCUGGUGGGCACAGGAGCCCUUUGCUCUGCUCCAUUGUCUGUAUAUGUUGAAUCCUAUUAAAUCCCCUGUUUUGGCUGAA